GCGGCAGGGUGGGCAGGGAAUGGGGGCUGGGGCCGUUGGGACAGAAGAUCGUCUGCAGUCCUUCGGCCUGAGACCCCGCGUUGGAUGUUAACAGGGAGAUGGGUCCAGAGAACGCUGUGGCCAGGCAGGAACUUCCGUGUGGAGGCUCCUGUGUGGGGUAGCACGGGACAGUAGGGAAAAGCAAGGAACCCAGGGGUCUGAGAACCGGGGAAGAACAGACCUAGGCCUAGUGGGAAUGGCUCUGGGAGGCCGUGGAAGAGUGGGAAAAACGUGGAAGAAGCAAAGUGGAUUGCAGUCUGGACUCUAGGGUGAGAAGCGUGGGGAACUUGAGAAGCCAGGCUGGGGUAGUCCUUAAGAGACCUAACAGAGUCACCCUCCAGUCUUCAUGGGGAGGACAGGGAAGCACAAAGAAGGAGAGAAAAGAUGCAGCCAUCUGAGAUCUAAAAGGAGACAAUGAGGACGCUACCAUCUACAGCCAGCUGAAAAGAUGAGUCAACUUUCUUCUGUAAGACAGACAUGAACUGAGCAAAGAAUCUUUUUAAGAUGGACACAGAAGACUGCAAUGGCCGCUCCUCUAUGUCUGGAAUCCACGCUUCCUGGAAGGUGAGUGGCUGGGCUCACCCCUGCCUGCCACCGAGACGCAGACAUGCACACACCACCCGCACUCCCUCGCCGUUUCCAAGGCGGCGGCCGCGUUCGCACCCCAGGGUCUCACCGGCAAGGGAAGGAUAAUCUGGAGAGGGAUCCCUCAGGAGGGUGUGUUCCGGAUUUCUUGCCUCAGGCCCAAGACUCCAACCAUUUUAUAAUGGAAUCUUUAUUUUGUGAAAGUAGCGGGGACUCAUCUCUGGAGAAGGAGUUCCUUGGGGCCCCAGUGGGGCCCUCGGUGAGCACCCCGAACAGCCAGCAUUCUUCACCUAGCCGCUCACUCAGUGCCAACUCCAUCAAGGUGGAGAUGUACAGCGAUGAGGAGUCCAGCAGACUGCUGGGGCCAGAUGAGCGGCUCCUGGAUAAGGAUGACAGUGUAAUUGUAGAAGACUCAUUGUCAGAGCCCUUGGGCUACUGCGAUGGGAGUGGGCCAGAGCCUCACUCCCCUGGUGGCAUCCGGCUACCCAACGGCAAGCUCAAGUGUGAUGUCUGCGGCAUGGUCUGUAUCGGACCCAAUGUGCUCAUGGUACACAAGCGCAGCCACACUGGUGAAAGGCCCUUCCACUGCAACCAGUGUGGUGCCUCCUUCACACAGAAAGGAAACCUGCUGCGCCACAUCAAGCUGCACUCUGGGGAGAAGCCCUUCAAAUGUCCAUUCUGCAACUAUGCCUGCCGCCGACGAGAUGCACUCACUGGCCACCUUCGCACACACUCAGUCUCCUCUCCCACAGUGGGCAAACCCUACAAGUGCAACUACUGCGGACGGAGCUACAAACAGCAGAGUACCCUGGAGGAGCACAAGGAGCGGUGUCACAACUACCUACAGAGUCUCAGCACUGAAGCCCAAGCUUUGGCUGGCCAGCCAGGUGAUGAAAUGCGUGACCUAGAGAUGGUGCCAGACUCCAUGCUGCACUCAUCAUCUGAGCGGCCAACUUUCAUUGAUCGCUUGGCCAACAGCCUCACCAAACGCAAGCGUUCCACCCCACAGAAGUUUGUAGGUGAAAAACAGAUGCGCUUCAGCCUCUCAGACCUCCCCUAUGAUGUGAACUCGGGUGGCUAUGAAAAGGAUGUGGAGUUGGUGGCACACCAUGGCCUGGAGCCUGGCUUUGGAGGUUCUCUAGCCUUUGUGGGUACAGAGCAUCUGCGUCCCCUCCGCCUUCCACCCACCAAUUGCAUCUCAGAACUUACACCUGUCAUCAGCUCUGUGUACACCCAGAUGCAGCCCCUUCCCAGCAGACUGGAGCUUCCAGGGUCCCGAGAAGCAGGUGAGGGACCCGAGGACCUGGGAGAUGGAGGUCCCCUCCUCUAUCGGGCUCGAGGCCCUCUGACUGACCCUGGGGCAUCCCCUAGCAAUGGCUGCCAGGACUCCACAGAUACAGAGAGCAACCACGAAGAUCGGAUUGGUGGGGUGGUAUCCCUCCCUCAGGGUCCCCCACCCCAGCCACCUCCCACCAUAGUGGUGGGCCGGCACAGUCCUGCCUAUGCCAAAGAGGACCCCAAGCCACAGGAGGGGUUGUUGAGGGGCACCCCAGGCCCCUCCAAGGAAGUGCUUCGGGUGGUGGGUGAGAGUGGUGAGCCUGUGAAGGCCUUUAAGUGUGAACACUGCCGCAUCCUCUUUCUGGACCAUGUCAUGUUCACCAUCCACAUGGGUUGCCAUGGCUUCAGAGACCCUUUUGAGUGCAACAUCUGUGGUUACCACAGCCAGGACCGGUACGAGUUCUCUUCCCACAUUGUCCGGGGGGAGCAUAAGGUGGGCUAGUGACUUCUCCCGGUAUCCCCACCCUCAGUCCACCACUCCACUGUCCCACCUACAGGUGUCUAGCCCUAUUCUCAUUACAACCAGGAAUUUUACAUUGUAGCCCUAACCACUGGCCACCUCACUUCACACUUGACUCUGACCCUUUUCACCUAUCCCCUCUCCAUGACCAGUUUCAGCAUUGUGAUGGAACAGGUCUUUUGCUUAUAUUUUUCCUUCUACUAAACUUCUCUUAUCCCAGCAUCUUUGCUAUUUAUUAAUGUUUUUUUUGUUUUUGUUUUUGUUUGUUUUUUGCAUUUUGCCUUUUUAAACUUAUGGCAAUCUCUCACUACUCCUUAACUCUCGUACCCACAGCUCCCUCCUCCUCAAAGCCCAAUUUUUUUUUUUGUGGAUCCAGCAUCCUCCAACAGCCCCAGGGGUCAGAAGCUCUUCUUCAUACUAAGAGACUUUGAGCUUCUUGCUUUAUUCCUUACCCUUGUUUAUCUGAUUCUUCACUUUUGAUGCUGAUACCUCCCGAUGGCCCUACCUUAGCUCUGUGGCAUUAUUAUCUCCUCUCUGGGACCCUUCAACCUGGUACUCCAUACCUCUCGUGCCCUCUCACUUUAGGCAGCUUGCACUAUUCUUGAAAGAAGAAUUUCCUUAUUUGGCAGUAGGAGGGGCUGGAGAAAUUCUCCCCAGGCACUGUGGACUGAGGGUCCUCUUGAUCUCCCGGGGAACAUGAGCUCCCUAAAGCCUACAUUCAGGAUCUCCCUCCAGGAUGUGAUAUAGCUCUUCCCUCUCCCCAGCCCACCCCUCAACACUGCUCUGGUCUCUUCAACUUGCCACUCUACUAGGUGGUGGCUUUUCUCCUUGGAAUGCCCCCAUUUUAUAUUCUCAGGGGCCAAAGCUAGGUCUGCAACCCUCUGUCUCUGACACACUGGGAGCUGCAGGUGCCUAGUUGAGAACCAGGGCAUGAGAAGGGGGUGGGUAGAAAUCUCCUCCACCUCUCAGACUUCUUCACUCUAGUGACCUUCCUAGGCUCUCAGGGACUCCUCUGUCCCCGUCCUAUGAGAAACUGGUGGGUUGCUGCACAAUGACCAGGGGUCGCUCAGCCCCAUCAGUCAUGCUGCCUUCUUCCUCUCCCUUCCAGCAGGAUUCACCCUCUCAUUCCCAGGCUCCUGGGCCCUGUUAUUAUCAGUGGCAGGGAGAAAGGGGUGUCUCUUAUCUCACUUUGAAUUUUCAGUAUAACCAAAAAUUGUCCCAGGAUGAACAACAACAUGUAUGUGCCCAUCACCCAUUCUACCCUUGUUCCAGCAAGAAUGGGAUGGUCACAGUUAACUGGGAGUCAUCCUUCACUGCCGCUCCAGACACAGGGCAGGAGGGGAACUCUUCCCUGGCGGCUGCAGAGACCCCUGGCUAUUUUGGAUAACCAAGGAUUCAUGAGAACAGGCAGGAGAAGGCAUAGCUCCACUGCAUGUGGAGGUCUCUUUCUACAAAGAGCUCCCUGCCAAGGCCACAGCCAUCCAACUCUCUGCUUCGACAUUCAAACCAAAGGCUGUUUUUCUAUGUUUAAAGAAAAGAAGAAAAAAAAGAAAAAAAGAAAAAACCAAACACAGCACCUCAUAAGUUAUAAUUCUUGGUCCUCUCUCCUUUAUCUCCCUUCCCCUUCCAUCUUUCUUUCCACAUGCCCUCUCCUUAUUGGCUCUCUGCCUCUCCUAUUUUUCUUACUCCCUUUCAGGGAUAUUGUGGGGGAUAGUGAAGGGUGGACUAAGAAUCAGAUCCUGGGAUUGGGGCUCUUAAGGAUUCUAGGAAGAGUCUACUUUACCCUGUUGUAGAAAGGAGGGAAAAAGCUUUCUCCUCUUCUUCCUUUUCCUCCUGCAUUAUGUGGUUUCCCCCUAGAGAACCAGAUUGGCAGGGAGAGGCUUUGUGGGGUAUUCUUCCUCCUUGACAAUGUAGCAAUAAACAGGUACUGCCAAGGGCAGAGAAUGGGGAGUCAGCUCCAAAGGGAGUGGUCCCUAGAGAAGGGAAGGGUCUUCUCAACAGAACCCUUGGUCUAGCUCCUUGUCCAGGAUGGCAGUAGAGCAGAGGUUAGUAUCUGGGCUUCUCCUAAACUAUUCUGGCUAUUGAGCCCCUCCCCAUUAGACUUGCCCCUCCCACCUCUUCUGUGUCUCCUGUGUAUUUGGGGAUACCUUAUAAGGACUAGUCCCUUCUGGGGUAUCAGAGCCUUAGAGUGCUCCGUCCCUCCUCUAGUCAGCCUUAGCACCUGUCACCUCCCAGAACAUGAAAGACUAUACUCUGAGGCUAUCCCCCAUGCCCAUGAGAGCAGAGAUUGGAAGGGCAAGACCAGGUGCUAAGGAGGAGAGAGAGGGGCAUCCUGUCUCUCCACCAUCACUGCACUUUAACCAGGGUCUUAGGUACAAAAUCCUACUCCUCAGAGCCUUCCAGCUCUGGAACCUCAAACAUCCUCAUGCUCUCUCCCAGCUACUUUUGCAUAAAAAAGGUAAAGAAAAAGAAAAGGAAAAAAAUAACAAAACACACCAAAACUCACAUGGAGAAAAGAGGUGUUUUCUUUUUUAUUGCUAUUCAAAACCUUAACAUCAUAGAUAAAAAGGGGGGAGAAAGAAUUUCUAAACAGACACUUUUCCAGACCUUUGUUUUUGUGUGUGUCAGUGUCCAAGCUGCAGAUGGAAUUUUGUAAUACUUCUGGCAGCUCUUUCCUUGUGUAUAUAAUAUAUAUAUAUAUUUUUAAUCAGAAAUUAUGGAGAUCAAAAAUAAAACACAGAAGCAAGUGCAAUACCACCUCUCUCCUUCUCCCCCAGGGUUCCCUUUGUAGCCUAUUUGGUGUCUCUUUUGACCCUUGCCUCUUCACCUCUUCUCUCUUCCUCUGGUUCUUACCUGCCCUCCUCUCCCCUUUUUUAAAGAGUUUUUCUCCUUUCUCAAAGGGAGUUAAACUAGCUUUUGAGACUUAUUGCAAAGCAUUUUGUAUAUGUAAUAUAUUGUAAGUAAAUAUUUGUGUAAUGGAGAUAUACUACUGUAAGUUUUGUACUGUACUGGCUGAAGGUCUGUUAUAAAUAAACAUGAGUAAUUUAA